CCACGAAGUAAACACACUCGUGACGUCACACGGAGGACCAGCAGCACACAAAACCGACUGAACGGGAGAUUGGAAACUCUUGCUUUUACUGACUAAUUUGAAUUUACCUUUUAAACAGAAAGUGAGUCAUGUCGGUGAAUUACGCCGCAGGACUUUCUCCAUAUGCGGAUAAAGGCAUUUGCGGCCUCCCGGAGGUGUUUGACAAGCCAGAGGAGCUGAAGACUAAAGUGGAGACACUGGCCCAGUGGAUCAGGGAGUCGCAGUACAUGGUGGUGCAUUCCGGAGCUGGAAUCAGCACGUCCACAGGGAUCCCGGACUUCAGAGGUCCUAACGGAGUGUGGACGAUGGAGGAGAGAGGCGAGACGCCUCACUUUAACACCACGUUUGAAGACGCGCGUCCCAGCCUGACUCAUAUGGCCCUGCUGCAGUUACAGAGGACAGGCCACCUCAAAUACCUCAUCAGCCAGAACGUAGACGGCCUUCACCUGCGCUCCGGCUUCCCCAGGGAUCGAUUGUCGGAGCUGCAUGGGAACAUGUUUGUUGAAGAAUGUGAGAAGUGUGGCAAGCAAUAUGUUCGGGACACUGUAAUCGGAGUGAUGGGUCUGAAGCCAACCGGACGCUACUGCGAUGUCACACGCUCAAGAGGACUCCGAUCUUGCAGAGGGAAGCUGAUCAGCACUAUAUUGGACUGGGAGGACUCACUGCCUGACAGAGACCUGAAUAGAGCUGAUGAAGCAUGUCGGCGAGCUGAUUUGGCCUUGACACUGGGCACAUCUCUUCAAAUUAAACCUAGCGGAGAUCUGCCUCUUCUAACCAAACGCACAGGAGGGAAGCUGGUUAUAGUCAAUCUUCAGCCUACUAAACAUGACAAACACGCCCACCUGCUUAUCCACGGCUAUGUAGACGAGGUCAUGGGUCAUCUGAUGAAGCUGCUGGGAUUGGAGGUUCCAGAGUGGGCGGGGCCAACGCUGUGCGAAAGCUCAGGUGGAGACCAGGACAUCCUUCCAUUCGGAGCCUGGAAAAAGGAAGUAAAGAUCGAGCUGAAGAUAAAGGAAAAUAAACACGCCGUCCCAAAGAAACGAAAGAAGAAAGAGCAGGAUGGCGAGAUAAACUGCAAGAAAGAUGUUAAAGCAGAAGAAGAGAUUAAAGAAGAGAGCAAGGAAGCAGCAUUUAGUGACUCUCGACCAAUCAAAAUGCAGAAGUCGACCUGUGAGCCGCAUUCUUUAAAUGGCUCCGCCCACAAUCCUACAAGUUCCACUUUUGUGAAUGAAACGGUAGUAGAAGCACAAACAGACACUGAACAGCCCUCUUCCUAGAGCCUUAUCACAACAGAGAAACUGAAUAACAAAUCUCUCUCAGGAAGUGUGAUCACCAUAUGCUCUGUGUUUACAUCGUCAUGAGGAAAACCUGGACUUGGGCCUGUUAGAUGAAAAGAGGUGAUGAAGCAAUGUCAUCGGCAGCGAAAGUGUACUAUUACAACUAGUUAGUGGAUAAAUUAGUUCGAUGUGACUUUUAUUUACCAGCUGAUCUGUGCAGUUAUUCUGGUUUUGGUGAAUCAUGGAUUUGUACUGUAAAAUAAAGAUAAUAUGAUCUUCUAACCUCAGAUAAAUCAGGUUUGAAAAAACAAGGUUCAUUGCACAAAACAUCCAUUAUAUUUCACCCUAAAAUCUAUUUUUUGUUGUUGUUUUUGUUUCCAAUUAAGCAAUGUAUAAUUAUUUUAACAGUGAGACUUUUUACAUGGGAAAUUUGAUUAAUGGUCAUCCCCAAAUUAAAAAAACAUGGCUUAAUGGUCUUAAAAAUAUACUUUAUGCAAUUUAUUUUUAAUGUUUUGUUUUAUUUUGGGGUGAAAUAUGACCCAAGCUUUGUGAGGUUCAACUUUUAAGGAAAAAGAAAGUCAAAUGCUUGAGCAUGUGGUUUAUUAGGUUGACACAUGAUUUGUAGUAUGUUUGAAGAGAUUGUGAGUGUUUGCUUGAGCUAUUCAUAUUAAUUGUGUAACAUGUCAUGCAUCCUAACGUCCACUUCUUCAGCCGCUAAUUUUCACUUCAGUGGUUAAGACAUUUAUUGACUAUUUUGUUUCUGUCUUCAGGCAUUGUGUAACUUUGUUUUUCUAUUUUUUCAUAAAGAACAAACAUUGUAUAUAAACAAAAGAUGCUGAA